AUGGAAGAAUUGCAAACCUAUGACAGUUCAAACUCAAGCAAUAGUGAUAACAAAAUCAGUGUUGAAAAGAACCGAAUUAAAAUUUUCCUCCUCCUCUUCAGAUGGCAUGCACUGAAGAACUUGAGAUUCGAUCGGAUAUUAUGGUGGAUUGUACUAGUCAUUUUACAGCUAAAACAGGUUUUCGACAGCAAAGAUGAAUUACUCACCUGGGUACGAGACAUUGGAAGGAUAAAUGGCUUUGCUAUUAUUAUAAGGGCGUCGGACUAUGGUGGCGAUCGUAAGAGACCAAGAAUUUAUCUUGCUUGUGAGCGGAGUGGGAAGUAUAGAUUGCGUAAAAAGCUGAAAGAUGGCCCAAAAGACUUAUUGAGAAAAACUGGUACGAAGAAGUGUGAAUGUCCAUUUGAUUUAAGGGCAUUCAAGUUGAAAACAAACGAUGAAUGGACAUUGAAUGUAGUUUGCGGGCUGCAUAAUCAUCCAGCUGCGGAGCAUCUCCAAGGACAUUCAUAUGCAGGGAGAUUGUCAGCUAAUGAAAAGUCGCUAUUAGUUGAUAUGUCAAAGAGCCUAGUAAGACUAAAAGAGAUUCUCAUUACACUCAAACAGAGGGAUGCCCUUAAUAUGAGCACAAUGAAGACAGUUUACAAUGUACGACAUCGAUGUAGGGUUCUACAGAAAGCUGGUAGAUCCCAGAUGCAACAACUGCUGGGUGAAUUAGCGAAACAUAAGUACAUUGAGCGUCAUCGAUGUGAGGAAGGCUCUAUGACUGUCACGGACUUGUUUUGGGCACAUCCAGUGAGUUUGGAUUUGCUUCGUACAUUCCCUCGUGUGUUGAUUAUGGAUUGCAUAUAUAAGACGAAUAGAUAUCGGCUUCCUCUUCUUGAAAUUGUGGGAGUAACAUCAACUCAUAUGACGUUCUCUGUGGCUAUCGCAUACUUGCAAACUGAGCGGGUUGAUAAUUAUGCAUGGGCGUUACAAACAUUGCGUGAUCUUAUGGACGACAGUGUUUUACCUGAAGUCAUUGUCACAGACAGAGAGCUUGCUUUGAUGAAUGCCAUUGACAACACCUUCCCGAAUGCUCGACAUUCCCGAAUGCUCGACAUUUGUUAUGUCGUUGAGGAAUACAAUGAUCACCUUGCAACACUACAUAAGGAUUUCAGUAACUAUCCGGAGGCAAUCAAAUAUGUUACUCACAUUCAAGUUAAAGCAUCAUUCGAAAAGAGUUUGACAACUGUACAACAUCAAUUCAAACCUUCUCAAUUCAGAGAGCUCCGGGGUAAUGUGUCUAUUUGUGCAUUGGAGUAUGUGUUAGUAGAGAGCAAGAGAUCAAAUUUAGUUGGAAUUGAUGUUGCAACAUGUGGGUGUGUUCUUAGGCGCACACAUGGUUUACCUUGUGCUCAUGAGAUUGCAGAUUACACGAGACAAGGCCGUCCUAUUCCACUCAGUAGCAUACAUGUACAUUGGACGCGCCUUACUAUAUGUGUGCAUAAUCCGAAGGAACAGAAGUUGGAAUUGACUUGUAUCCCAGAACUUGAGUUGAUUUUAAAGCGGUUCGAAGAGUCUGAUAUUGCCACGCAAUUGGAUAUGUUGAAGAAGUUGAGGGAAAUUGCAAAUCCAGCCAGCACUUUUCUUAUUGAGCCGAAUGUGAAACCUAAUCCACGUCGAGGACAUAAGAAAAUUGAUAUAUCUUGUCGUCGUAACCCAUGUGCAUUUGAGUUGGUUGAUGAUGAGCAUGAUAGCCAAAGCGCAUUAGCUUCCAGUCAGUCAAAGAAAAAGAGAGCUUCAAAAGUGCAUGAGAAGAAGCGGAAUGUGAAGACAAAGGCAUAUCGUACAAGAACAAGUUUACCGAGUGCAUAUGCUGCUGACUUCCCGCCUAUGUUAAUACCAUUCAUAAAGUUGAUGAAGGAUGUAGAUGGUGAUGGGAAUUGUGGAUUUCGAGCUAUUGCAGGUUUACUUGGUCUUGGAGAGAAUGACUGGGUGCAAGUUAGGCGUGAUCUGCUACUUGAAUUGAAUAAUCACAGAGAUGAAUACGUCGUACUAUAUGGGUCACAUGAGAGGGUUAAGGAGCUGACACACAUCCUUUCAUAUUUUGAAAAUAGCGCAGGCUUUGAUCGUUGGAUGACUAUGCCUGACAUGGGGCAUCUUAUUGCAUCAUUUUAUAAUGUAGUCUUGUACCACUUGUCAUUGCAACAGUGUCUCACUUUCUUACCUUUGAGAGCACCGCCGGUAACCCUAGUUGAUCGUCGCGAGAUUGCCAUUGGAUUUGUCAAUGGAAAUCAUUUUGUGCAGGUGUUUUUGGAAGCCGGUCAUCCAGUUCCUCCCAUUGCCGUGCUUUGGCGAGUUCACCAUCACCCUUGUGCGUCAGAAUGA